AUGCUCAACGCCGUUAAUAGUGCGUUUGCAAAGAUUGUAAACGGAAGCAAGUGGAUGGACGAGACGAGUAAAAAUGCUUCAAUCGACAAAGUUAAAGACAUCACUGCGAUUGUUGACGGCGUGAGUACCAUGAAUGAAAACAUUGCUGACAACAGCGGACUCACAGCUGCCUUCCGCGCUUACAAACGAAUAAGACCAGUACCUAAAAAACAGACUUUGAAAGGACUAGAGAGCUACACUCCAGAUCAGCUUUUCUUCCUGGCCUACGCAAACGCUCUCUGCUCGAGCGAAACAGCGGAAUUCACGGAAUCAACCAUUUUAAGCAAAAAAACCGGAUUGAGUCCUUUCAGGUUCAGGGUCAACGUGCCGCUGAAGAACUUCCAACUCUUCGCCAAGGCUUGGAACUGUCCCCGCGGCUCAAAAAUGAGCCCUUAUAAAAAUGAUACGUGCAAAGUUUGGUAG